GAUUUACAUGUAAAUAAUUCAUCGUCAUCUACGGUGAAAACAUUCGGAUAUCCUUUCUUAUAUUCAAGUUUGUCUGAGCUUAAAUAUUGUUUCCAUGAAUAAUUCCGUUGAUUCAAAUUAAAGUAUUUUUUUAAAGUCGUAGCUAGCUAAGUGCUAUGGUAUAGAAAAGUAUAUAUAUAUUUAAACUGAAGGACGUAUAUUUUAUUCAAGGACUUAUACAGAUACAGUCAUUUAAAUGCAAUGAGUAACGCAAAGCUGCUUGUCAAUUCUUCAAGUAAUAAAUCAGGAUUUAAAUCAUGCUUGGAUAUUGCGGCUAAAAAAGUAGAUCACGGUGAAUAUUUUACGCCACUAUCUUCUGCGUGUUUGGAAUGUCUAUGUGUUAACGGAACCCAAGAUCAUUGCAUAUCUGUAGUUUGUCCGAAGCCUAAAUGUCCUAAUUAUAAAGAAAUUCCAGGAAAAUGCUGUGAAUAUAAAUGUCCAGACUUAACAAUGAACGAUAACACAACUUUAGCUAUUGUUGUUACGUUGUCAUGUUUAUUAUUUAUAAUACUGUCUGCAACGGCUAUAAUUUGGUUGAAAUUACGAAAUAAAAAGAAGUUUGGUGAACGUCUUGGCUCUAUUGCAUCAGGAAAUUCAAGUAACCUUGAUAUUAGUUCGCUUAUAAGACAUAACUCUAUACCAAACAACACAAGAUUUACAAACAAUUUAAAAACAAUGAACGUUGAUUGUUCUAAUGCCAUUAAAGCAAACAUUGAUAUGAAGUCAGACAGUGUAUUUGAAAUAAAUAAUUCUAACAUUUCUAAAUCAAAAGAUGAUAUAAAUAAAAAGAUAAAUACGAAUCAUAGCGUUUGCCUAAAAGAUAACAACGAACAUUUGGAAGAUAAUACAAAGCUUCUUAAUACUAUGGAAACUCCCCAUAAACUUUCCUAUAAAGUUAUACAGCAGUUACCUAAUGAGAUAUCAUCCGUUGUGUAAUAUAUAGCCAUCUAUUUGAAUUUAUAUAUAUAUUAUUUAUUUUGUA